AUGGAGAAGCCUCGGCGGCCCAGAGGGAGAAGAAGGGGGCCUCUGCAACUGCUCAGCCUUCAGCUCCGAUUCCUGCCGGCCUCAGCCAGCCCGGCGUCUGGGAGAGUUGAGCGAGAGGGCACCAAGAGAAGGCCAAGCCCGCCUUCGCCCCGCCCAGGCUUCCCGAGGGAGGCGCCCAAGUGGAGCGUCUUUUCCGAGGGAGCGCAGCGCGGCCGCCCCACAGACGGGCUUUCUCUGGCUUCUGCCGCCGAGAGCUCUUCGUCCGCCCCCUCCAUGAUGGCCGCGCCGUUCCCGCCGCUGCUCCUGGGGCCCCUGCUGGUGACCGUGCUGGGGGUGCCCUCCUCCGUUGCCGCCAACGCCAGCGCCGCCCCGACGGUGGAGGUGACUUUGGGGGUGCUGCUGCCGGAGCUCAACCUGAACUACGCCUGGGCCUGGCCGCGCGUCCAACCCGCCCUGAGCCUGGCCCGGGAGGCGCUGCAGCCCCAGCUGCGCCACCCCCGCCUCGCCCUCCGCACCGCCUUCGCCUCCACCGAGAACGCCGAGGGCGCCUGCGACAGCGGAGAGGCCGAGUUCAUGACCGGGAUUCUGAAGCGCUCCGACGACCCGGACGUGCUGCUGGGGGUGGGCUGCCUGGAGACGUUCUCCGAAGUGGCGCGGUUAGCCCAGCGCUGGCAGCUGCCGCUCCUUCGAGCUGGGGCCUACAAUAAUCCCAGAUACGGCAGCACGCAGGUGUACGCCGGCCCAGAGGGGCCCGACCUCCGAGCCUUCCUUACCCAGCUGCACCGGCACUUCAACUGGAGCAACGCCCACCUGGUCUUCCGUCGCGAUGACUAUGUCUGGGAUUUCCGUGGCCAUUUGUGGGUGCCGGAAGCAAACUCCCUCAACUUCACCAGCAACUUCCACCGCUCUGAGGAGCCGGACCUGACUGUCCGGUUCAUCCAGGCCAAGGGGCCAGUGGCCUAUAUCUGUGGGUCCCUGGAGAUGUUGCAGGAGAUCAUGCACCUGGCGCAGGCUCAGAACAUGACCAACGGUGACUACGUCUUCUUCUACCUGGACAUUUGGGGAGAUAGCCUGAGACCCAAGGGGCAUCACAAGAUAGCCAAGCCCUGGCAGAACAAGGAGAGCCAAAAUGCAGGAGACCUUCGAGAGGCCUUCCAGACGGUGCUGGUGGUCACUCCCCAUGAGCCCCAGACCCCCGAAUACCGGCAUUUCCAGAGCCAGCGGAUCCUGCGUGCCCAGAGGGACUUUGGUGUGGUGCUUUAUGACUCUCUGUAUGCAAACCUGGUGGCCGGCUGCUUCCACGAUGUGCUGCUGCUGUAUCUCAAGGCCCUGAAUGAGACGCUGCUGGAAGGUGGAACCAAGCGGGAUACCAACCGCAUCCUGGAAAAGAUGAGGGGCCUGAAAAUCCAAGGUGUCACUGGGACGGUGAGCCUCAACGGCUACAAUGAGCGAGAGGUGGAUUUCGACCUGUGGGCCAUGAGGGAUGCAGAGAGUGGAGAAUACCAGGUGGUGGCUCAUUACAUGGGAGCAGAGAAGCAAAUCAACUGGCUGGGGCCCAUCCAUUGGAAGAAGGGGGGUCCUCCUCUGGACAACGCCCCCUGUGUCUUCAACAUGGAUGACCCCUCCUGUGGGAAAGGUGGGUGUGUCCAGGGAUUGAGUUGAUCUCACUGGCCUGUCUGUGUUGGUUGUUCCUAAGGCCUUAAAUUCACACUCUGCCACCUCCAGUGGUGAUCCGUCUGCCAGGCAGGACAACCCUAAGUAGGAACGUUCAAACAUCUGCCAUUUUGCCUCACGUUCUGCUCUCUGGUUGGGAGCACAGAGCUGGUUCUUCACCAAGGAGUUUGGCUGUUCAUGAACCUUUGAUAUCUUUCCAUUGGGUUAAGUUUUUGCUUAUUCGUACGCUACAGCUAGCAUUAUUUCACAUCUGCGUGUUCCCACACAUCUGAAUUGGAGUCCUGGCUUCCUCCUCUCAUGUAGACCUGUCGUCUCUGCUCACUGCAUGGUAACCAAUUCUAAAAACAUAGAGCAAACUGAUCAGUCUGACAGUAAUGGUUUAAAAAAAAAAA